AUGUCCCUCACAGCACCGGGGCUCUGCCCCCGCUCUGCCCCCGCUCUGCCCCCGCUCGCUCUGCCCCGCCUGGGGCUUGCCGGUUCACUCCGGCUGCCUUCUCCUCCCUCUCACCAUUCCACAGCCGCCCCCACUGGCCCACCUCACUCAGCCACCAACACGGUCCCAGAGCUCAACAUCCCCAAGGCGGUGGUGCUAGCGCUGGUGCUCGGGGUGUUUCUGGUUUUCGGGGUGCUGGGCAAUGCCCUGGUGAUCCUGUCGGUAGCCUGCCACCGGCACCUGCGGACGCCGACCCACUAUUUAAUCGCCAACCUGGCAGCGGCGGACCUGCUGUUGAGCCUGGCAGUGCUGCCCUUCUCCGCCGCCUUCGAGCUGCUGGGGCGCUGGGUGUUCGGCCGGCGGCUCUGCGUGGCCUGGGCGGCGCUGGACGUCCUCUGCUGCACCGCCUCCAUCAUGAGCCUGUGCGCCAUCUCAGUGGACCGCUGCAUCGGGGUCAGCUACCCUCUGCGCUACCCCGCCAUCGUUACGCAGCGGCGGGGGCUGCUGGCGCUGGCCUCGGUUUGGGCCCUGGCCGGGACCAUCUCCGUCGGCCCGCUCUUCGGCUGGAAAGAGCCGGCCCCGGAGGACGAGACGGUCUGCGGGAUCACCCAGGAGCCGGGGUACGCCGUCUUCUCCGCCGUGGGCUCCUUCUACAUCCCGCUGGCCGUCAUCCUGGCCAUGUACUGCCGCGUCUACGCGGUCGCCUGCCGGGAGUCGCGGGGCCUCAGGGAGGGACGCAAGAAGGACCCGUCCGACCCGGAGGGCGUGACUCUGAGGAUGCACCGCGGGCACUCGGCCACUGCAGCCACCCUGGAGGAGGGGGGCGAGGGGGAGGAGGCCCUUUCUAACCGGGCCUACUUCACCCUGCGCCUGCACAAGCUGUCCCACGAGAAGAAAGCCGCCAAGACCCUGGGCAUAGUGGUGGGCUGCUUUGUGAUCUGCUGGCUGCCCUUCUUCCUGGUGCUGCCCAUCGGUUCUAUAUUCCCAUCCUACAGGCCCUCGGACACUGUGUUUAAAAUCACUUUCUGGCUGGGAUACUUCAACAGCUGUAUCAACCCGGUCAUCUACCCUUGCUUCAGUCAGGAGUUUAAGAGGGCCUUCCUGGACAUUCUGCGUGUCCACUGCCUCAGCCGCAAGGCCAGGGUCCCCCCACAGCCGCACCCGGAGGGCCAGGGCCACCGUCUCUCCACCGGCACCCUCACCCCAUCCCGGGCCCACUGGAGGGUGUUCCUGGGCCCCUCCCCCUCUGGGGCGCGGGUGCUGAGGGUGUGCUGCUGGGCCCAGGAGGAGCCACGUCCCGCCUCCUGCCCGCCGGCCAAUGACAUCAGCACCCUGCCUGUCCUCAAGGUGCACCAGCUCUCCGUUUGCGCGGGUGGGGCCGCCCUGUGA